CACUACGCGACGCUCGGCGUCAACUACGAGGCGACGCCCGCCCAGCUCAAGAAGAAGUUCCGCGAGCUCGCGCUCAAGUUCCACCCGGACAAGAACAAGACGCGGACCGCGGAGGAGCGCUUCAAGAAGAUCAACGCGGCCUACGAGGUCCUCUCCGACCCGGCGCGCCGCCGCGACUACGAC